AGCAUUCGUGGCUUCUGGGUCGUGUGCCGUCGUCUUCUUGGCCUCGCCUCCGCCUUCAUUUGCUCUCCGGUCAACCCUUCGUCUCGCCUCCGGUAGCUGCUCGCCGUGAUUGGUUUGAUACGAACAACAUUACAUCUGUAAAAUCUGAGAAGCCAAAUACUGCAGUUCUGAAAGAUGAGGCCUUUGGACGAGAAGGAGACAACGGCAGUGUUCGAGAAGCUGUUCAAGUUCGUGGGAAACAACCUCAAGAACAUUGUGGAAAAUCCCUCUCAUGAAGGCCCUGAACCAAAUCCUGGGCGAUACUGCUUCCGUCUCCACAAGAACAAGAUCUACUAUGCAAGCGAGUCGCUUGUGAAGCGUGCCACCAAUGUUGCCAGGCCCAGCCUUGUUUCCCUUGGUACCUGCAUUGGCAAAUACACCCACGGUGGAAGCUUCCAUCUCACCGUUCAGGCCCUCAACCUGCUUGCCGCCAACGCCAAGCACAAGGUGUGGCUCAAGCCCCAGUCAGAGAUGUCCUUUUUGUAUGGAAACCAUGUGUUGAAAAGUGCAUUAGGGAGGAUCACCGAGAACAUUGCCCCCGGCGAUGGGGUUGUGGUGUUUUCAAUGGCUGAUGUGCCGUUGGGCUUUGGGGUGGCUGCCAAAUCAACACAAGAUUGUAGGAAGCUCGACCCCAGUGCAAUCGUUGUUUUGCACCAAGCUGAUGUUGGAGAAUACUUGAGGAUGGAGGAUGAGCUUUGAGUGUAAGGUUUUGACAAUGGUGGUUGUUGUUGUAGGCUAAACUGUGAGGUUGAUUCCGAUAUGUCUUGUAACCUCAUAAAAUUUUGUUAGAUAUUGCAGUUAAUUAGUUAUAUACUUUCCUACAAAGUUGUUCUUAACAUUAUGACGUAAGCCAUGUCUACUUUUUUUAUUCCUUUGUGAUUGCUUUGGAUGAUCAGAUUACUUA